GGGGUUGGGCUAGAUGACCUCCAAGGUCCCUUCCAAUCCUGGUAUCCUGUUGUAAUUGAGAGAUCUCUUGCAAGAGCAACCCCCAAAGAACAAAAUCCUUAAAAACAAAAAUAUAAAUUUCCCAGGCAGAGCUGGGCCAAAAGUUUUACUACUAAACCAUCCUGUCUUAAUGACAUGAUGGAAGUUGUCCUCCAGAUGUUCAAGCAGGUUAUUAACACAAGGAUUUCUACUUGGGUUAACUCCCUCUUUAAGAAAACUUGACCAUGGGGGCGCAAACCUAUUGACGUCCACUAGGUGGAGCAAUGCAGUACUGUGCCGGUUUUGGAAUGGCCUGGGCGCCCUCCAGUGGCCGCCUGGAAUACUGCAACUUAGCCCUAAACUUAAGAUCCAGCAAAUUCUACUUCUAGCAAAGUCGCUUGCAAGGACAAGUUAGGGCUCGUUUUGAAGGACGCCCUUCAACGUCUCCAUUAACGGCCUUUGGGUGGUCUUUCCCCCCUCUCGGAUGUCCUCCGCAGGCUCUUCAUGAAGGGCGAAACCCCCGUCAACAGCACAAUGAGCAUCGGUCAGGCUCGCAAAAUGGUGGAGCAGCUGAAGAUUGAGGCCAGCAUGUGCAGAAUAAAGGUGUCGAAAGCGGCCGCCGACUUGAUGACCUACUGCGAUGCCCACAUCUGCGAGGACCCCCUCAUUAGCCCAGUGCCCACCUCGGAAAACCCCUUCCGGGAAAAGAAAUUCUUCUGCGCUCUGCUUUGAACUAUUUUUGCUCCCACCUACCCAUAUCUGCCCCUUAUCCCCUUUCCUUCAUACACACACACACUCACACACACACUUUAUACUCAUCAAUCUGUAUGGAGUUGGGUUAUUGCAGGAUUCUAGGCCUCCAAGCUCCUAUCACCGGGGGUAGAAAAAAAAAAGGGGAGGGGAUUUGUCUUCAUAGCAGAUCUAUUUUCUCCUGCAGAGACCCCCCCAAUCCUAUUUUCCACAAAGCUUCCAAACUCAGGAAGCAGAAAUAAUGCAGAGCAUUGAUACGAAAGCAACAGCCUCAUUUCCCCAAAUGUGGGGAUCUGUGGUUUGCUUAGGGGGUGGGGGAGUAAAUCAGGGUACCCAAGUACCCUCCCCCAAUUAGAUCAAACAGCCAGCGACCCUGGGAUCUAACCGAGGGCGUUUCGUUCCAGCAUUGUUCCCACCAACUUCACCAUGGUUAAAAGUUGAGCUCCGAAUGGAAGUUAAGCGAAGCCAGCCCUUUCCUCUUCCUCUUCCUCCUCUUCCUCCCCUGCCCCACAGGUCUUUCCCCCCCCCACCUCCUCCCGCCCCCAGGAAGGGCAGAAGGUUUCCACGACAAGCCGAUGGUUCUUCUCACCACUUCUCACCCCCCCGUUCUGUACGUCAGAAAGCACGGAAUGUUAAUAAAAUUUAGUCCGUUCUUGCCGAUUGUGAGUGGUUGAGCUACAGAAUUCGUGCGGGAGAACAGGGUGGGGAAAAUAGAGGAUUUGCUCGUAAAAGAACCCCGAACAAGAGAUCUCUGGAUUCACAACCUCCCGGAUCAUCCUCAGGGAUCAAUCAAAAUGGCUGCGCGCACGCACGCAUCCGUGUGGGUGUGGAACAGGUAGUCUUCAACUUACAACCAAACCAUUCGUUUAACGACCGAAGUUAAAAGGGGAAAGCUGGACUCGCUUAACAAACGCCCGAUUUGUUUCCAACGGCCGCCAUGAAAAUAUGUCGUAAAACGGCAUCCGACUUAACGACAUCCAUGACUUUUACGACGGAAAUUUUGCCCCCCGUUACGAUUGUAAGUUGAGGACUAGCCGACGAUGUGCAAACCUGGGAAGAAAAAAAAUGAAAAAAGAACGGAGAUUUUUCUUUCCUUCUUUCACUAUUCCAACCGAUUUAUAAAAAUAAACCGUGAUUCUUUAUUGCUUUUUGGUGGCAGAUUUGCCGAGUGCCAGGAACAAAGAAACGACGUGAGAACAAGGUCGACGUAAGAUCAGGUUCUAAACCACUAAAGUUUUGCCUGUUUGGACCCAGUUAAGAGAGGUUUGUGUAAGUGGAAAUCUACAAAGCUUUAGCAUCCCAUCGGCUGGCGGGUUAAACGGCUGCUUCCCUUGUUAACCGACGGCAAUUAAAGAGGCUAGUCCUGAUUAAGGUCCCCAAGGGGAAAAAGAAACCACUAAAAUCUACAGGGAGUGCUUCCGUAAUUUAGCGAUUCCCCCCAAGGAAGGAGAUCUCCACAAUUAGAUUUAAACGUAGAAAGCGUGCUGAUUUUUUUUUUCUCUUUAAAAUGUAGAAAGCUAAAAAAAAUAAAAAUAAAACCGGGCGACGCGUCCAAACGUUUUCGACAGCACGAAACGUGGCAGGAACAAGGCCCGGGGAGUCCGCGACUUACGACGGAUCCCCUCCUUUGUGACCGUUUGAAAUUACGACGGACCUUUCCCACUCAGAAAGCUACUUACCGCCCGGUUCUAUACAGUAGAUACGAUGUGGAAACUACAGCUCCCAGCAUUCCUCACUGCCAGCCGACCCUUGGUGGAAUUGUAGUAGAGAACCGAAGGAAGGCCGCCAUUUUUGCGCCAGAGGACUACAAUUCCCAUGAACACCCCCCCCCC